AUGGCACCUCUCGUCCCCGUCUUCUCCGCAGACGCCUUACCCGACCAUGUCAACACCAUCCAGCGCAACUUCCAAGACAAACGUCGUAAAGGCCCGGCCGUCAACCUCAAAGAAUGCGCACUCCUCGAGAUGAUGCAGUAUUCCUGCAAUCCGCCGUCGGAAGAGAUUCCGCAACCGGGAGUCAUCGUAUGCAAGCCGGUGGUGCGCCUGUUUCGACGCUGCGCCGGCGGAUUGACAGUAGAGACAACAUCGUGGGAAAGACUCGGGCCAGAGACAAGCAAAACGCAAUCUAUGGGCACGAGAUCGUGA